ACGGCGCCCCCUGCGGCCGGGCCGCGGGCUCGGUGCGGGGUGUGGGGUGCGGGUGGGCGGCGGGCAGGGCCAGCGCGGCCCCAUGCUGCUGCCGCUCGCCUGCCUGCAUGGGCGGGUGGCGCAGUGCCUAACCUCCCUGCUGGUGCUCGCAGAGCCGCUUCCCAGGCCCCGUCGCGGGGCGAAGGCGCGCGGCGCAGCACUGACCAGUGCGGAGGCCGCCCCGGUAGGAGCGAAGAUGGCCGCGGAACUGUACCCGCCUGCCGGUGCCUCUGCAGCUACUGCCACCGACAUCGCCAACAGCAACGCGGCGGGCGCGGCCGAAAGCACGAAGGUUGGCCCUUGCUGCCCACCCUGCCUAGCGCCCGCCCCGCUGCCACCCUUGCCCGCGCCGCCCUUGCCAGACAACAACAAUCCCGAGAGCCCCAACUGGCAGUCAUUCCACCCUACGCUGCGCGAGAGGAAUGCGCUCAUGUUCAACAACGAGCUGAUGGCCGACGUCCACUUCAUCGUGGGGGCCCUGGGGGCAGCCAGGCGUGUGCCCGCCCACAAGUAUGUCUUAGCUGUCGGCAGCUCGGUCUUCUAUGCUAUGUUCUACGGGGAUCUUGCAGAAGUCAAGUCAGAAAUCCACAUUCCUGAUGUGGAGCCUGCUGCCUUCCUGGUCUUGUUAAAGUACAUGUACAGCGAUGAGAUCGAUCUGGAGGCGGACACAGUGCUUGCCACUCUGUAUGCUGCUAAGAAGUACAUUGUGCCUGCCCUAGCCAAGGCCUGCGUCAACUUUCUGGAAACAAGUCUGGAAGCCAAAAAUGCCUGUGUCCUGCUGUCCCAGAGCCGACUGUUUGAGGAGCCUGAACUGACCCAGCGAUGCUGGGAAGUCAUUGAUGCACAGGCUGAAAUGGCCCUGAGGUCUGAAGGCUUCUGUGAAAUUGACCGGCAGACACUGGAGAUCAUUGUGACCAGGGAGGCCCUCAAUACCAAGGAGGCUGUGGUCUUCGAGGCUGUCCUGAACUGGGCUGAAGCAGAGUGCAAGAGACAGGGCCUCCCAGUCACUCCUCAUAACAAGAGGCAUGUUUUGGGACGAGCCCUCUACUUGGUCCGAAUUCCAACUAUGACGCUAGAGGAGUUUGCUAAUGGUCCUGCCCAGUCAGAUAUCCUGACUUUAGAAGAGACCCACAACAUCUUCCUUUGGUACACUGCUGCCAAAAAACCCCCCCUUGACUUCCCCCUGACCAAGAGGAAGGGCCUUGUUCCACAGAGGUGCCACCGCUUCCAGUCUUCUGCCUACCGAAGUAACCAGUGGAGGUACCGUGGGCGCUGUGACAGCAUCCAGUUUGCAGUGGACAGAAGGGUGUUCAUUGCUGGGCUGGGCUUAUAUGGGUCCAGUUCUGGGAAGGCUGAGUACAGCGUGAAGAUUGAACUCAAGCGGCUAGGGAUGGUCCUGGCUCAGAACCUCACCAAGUUUGUUUCAGAUGGAUCCAGCAACACAUUCCCUGUCUGGUUUGAGCACCCAGUCCAGGUGGAGCAGGACACCUUCUACACUGCCAGUGCUGUCCUGGAUGGCAGUGAGCUCAGCUACUUUGGGCAAGAAGGAAUGACAGAGGUGCAGUGUGGAAAGGUGGCCUUCCAGUUCCAGUGCUCCUCGGACAGUACCAAUGGAACUGGAGUUCAGGGUGGACAGAUUCCAGAGCUCAUCUUCUAUGCCUGAGGCCUAAGGAUUGGCGUGGCUGCCACCAGGCUCUUCUUCCAUGGAGUCCACCCAGUAAGUGCAGUGGAGGUGCAGGACCCUGUCAACUGCUUUACUGCUACCAUUAAAGGUUUGGCUUACUAUAUCAGCCACAGUGUGAAACUUGACUUUUCCCAGCCAGAGCCUGGGAACUGAACUGCCAAUGUCCGCUGACCCUAGAUGGCAUUCCACAGGUGGAAGACAGACUUGGGUCCAAGGUAGUCCCAGAUCCCUGCCCAGUGAUACCCAAGCUUCAGGACCCUUGGAUUUUCCUCCCUCUUUUGGAUUCUAAGUGGUUCCAGCCUAUAUUGAGGUCUCCCAUUCAAGCCACAGAUUGCUGAAAAGUCACUUAAAAUAGUUGCAUCCUAUUUAAGUGAAUUUUCGUAAUAAAGGUUUCACAGAACAAGAACCACAUGUAGAUACGUGACUGUAGGAGUUAACUGGGGUGCUCUUUCUUCCUCUCUCCCUCUCCCUCUCAAUUCUGCUGAAAAGAACAUCUAGUCUGUAUGAGUUUCCAGUGCAGAGCUGUUAAAAUUAAACUGUAUCUUAGGGGA